GCCGCAAUUGCUUGGUUCGGAUGUCAGUCGGCUUCCCGCGAUGUCUCGAGCUGCUCGGUUUUCUCUCGCCUUGGGUCUCGGCACGUUCGCCGUCAGAAGUUUUUCAAGGCCAGCUUUACGCAGCCGUGGAAAGGCGGGGAGCGCGCUCAGGGUGCGGAGCAUGCUGCAGAACUCUGCAUCCGUCAUCAGCAGCUUUCGGGUGAAGCCCUUCUCGCCAGCGGCGUUCGCGCUCAAUCAGCACAUCAUGACGAUCAUGGGCUCCGAGGUCUUGUUCAAGUUCGGGCCAGAUGCUUUGCCGCAGGGGCUGGACACACACCGUGAGCGCUACGACACUCCGGAUGGUGAUUUUUUCGACGUCGACUUCACAGCUGCGGCCGGUCCUGCCGUGGGUGCGAUCACGUCGGAGCGACCUGUGGUGAUCUUGCUACACGGACUGGAAAGCAACUCCCGCACACCAUUCUGCUGCCGCUUGGCGCGCGCCUUCCAAAGCGAGGGCUUCGACGUGGCGGUGCUUUGCUUCCGAUCUUGCUCUGGAGAGAUGAAUCGGACAGCCGGCUUCUACAAUGUAGGCUUUACCGACGACCUAGUGCAACUCUGCACGGUGCUGCACACUUCCCCGUCGCGGCAGAUCUUCCUGUCGGGCUUCUCUUUGGGAGGCAACGCCAUCUGCAAGUUGCUUGGCGAGCUUGGGGAGGACGUGGCUUCGUUGGGUAUCAAGGGCGCGGCCGUUUGCAGCGUACCUUUCCUUCCAGAGGUGUGUUCUGCUGCCAUGGAUGAUGGCAUGGGACGCCUCUAUGCAUGGAACUUCCUGAAGUCGCUGAAGCCAAAAGCGCAAGCGAAAGCUGAGAUGCUGAAAGCGAGAGGAGAGCCGGUACCCUACGACUUGGAGAAGACACUGCAGGCAGAGACCAUUGGUGACUUCGAUGACGCGUGUGUGGCCCCCUUGUAUGGCUUCAAGGACAAGCUGGACUAUUACCGGACUCAGGGAUCCAUGCGCUUUCUGAAGCAUGUCCAAGUACCUCUCCUGGCGAUGAAUGCAAAGGACGACCCACUGGUCGACCCAACGAGUUUGCCAACUUCCGAGCAGGUGUCGGAGGCAGUGCUGCUGUAUUUUCCGGAGUUUGGAGGCCAUUGUGCGUUCAUCUCAGAUGACUCUACUGGCGAUCCACGGAAUUAUUGCCCCAAGCUGCUGGCAUCGUUCCUCAGGCAUGUCUAUGACUCUGGAGAAAAGCUGUCCCAUAGACCUGAGUAUGAGGGAUUCGACCGAGCGCUUCGGGACGAGGUACUCAUGGAGAAGAUGUUUUUGAGCUUCAACGAGGGCAUCAAUGACAAGCUUCAGUUCGUUCAGGAGGAUGAAUCAGAGACGAUGGAAAUGCUCAAGAAGGACUUGCCUCUUCAGUACACGUGGAGUGUGUGGGAGCAGGUAACCUCGGAUGGCAAGGUUGAUGCAAACUAUUCACAGAGGACGCAGAAGGUGGCAAGCUUCGGCACAGUCCAGGAUUUCUGGAGGCUGUGGAACCACGUGCCGCAGCCCAGUACACUGCUCGAAUCCAAGCGGAUUGUGCGAGAGCAGCAUGACGGACUGCACGUGAUCGAUGCGCUCAUGAUUUUCAGGGACAGCAUCCGUCCUGAGUGGGAAGACCCAAUGAAUGCCAAAGGCGGCCACUUUCAGUUCCAACUGAAGCCUGGAGCUGGUCCUGGUCAGAUCGACGAGUAUUGGAAUAACUUGGUGCUCGGCAUCAUCGGGGCAACAAUCGAGCCGCCAAAUAUGAUCACAGGAGUUCGGCUCGUGGACAAGCUCUCGGGACCUCGGGCCGCCGGUGUGCUCCGUAUUGAGGUGUGGUUCACAGAGUCCGAUGACAAGGAUGCGGUUGGAGCACUGAGGAAGAAUGUCGAGACCUGUCCGCGCCACACUCGUACGACGGGUCAAUUGUUUGCCUCGCUGAGGCAUGGCACAGAAGCUGGAUGGUGGGAAGGGCGCAAGGUGACAGCUCAGGAGAAGCUUGGCAGCUUCGGAAGCGGACUGGUUAGCUUCACGAGUUCACCAAAGGGCAACUUCAAGCCCUUGGGGCACCCGGACUUUCUGGACUCCUGGAAUGGAGAGGUUGAUGUUUUCACAGAGCCGCCAGAUCAGAAGACCUUCUGGAAGAAGUAUCACAAACAGCGAAGGCCCUUCAUCGUGAAAGGAGCAGGUCGCCUUUCUCCAGCCAUGAACUGGACAGACCAGUACAUCAUGGAGCACUUUGGCAGCGAGGUCGCCAAGGUGGAGUGGCGGAACGAAGACCGCCUCACAGACUACUGCGGCCAAGACAUCAAGGGCGAGACUAUUCACUGCCCCAAAGACACCAUCCCUUAUGUCGAGUCGCGCACCAGCAUCCGAAACUUCAUCCGCAAGAGUCGCGAAGACCCGAGCUGGGCCAAGUAUAUCAUCUCGCAGAUGCCAGAUGACAUGGGCAAGGAGUGGAAAGUCCCGAGCUUCAUGAACUGUGGCAAGCGGCCG